AUGGACGACACUGCCACGGAUACGGAUCCUGCUACAUCUUCUCGAUGUAGGCGCAAAGCGUUACGAUUUCUCCGACAGUUAGCGAUAAAGCGGUCCAUAUUGCCACCGUCAUUGUUCUUAAACAAUCUGAAGCGUGAAGAUAGUAAUGGGCAUGCGGUGGGGGGAGGAGCCUUUGCCGUGAGCAUUGUAUCAUCGGUCUUGAGGGCCGUUUCUCAUGAGUCUCAAUGUCAGGACAUCUACAAGGAUCGCAUUCAGGGUACUGCUUUUUGUUUCCGUGUCUUGCGUAUGUUUGUCACAGCCGAGGCACUCGGAGAGCGCGAAAAACUAUACAAAGAAUUUUGUUCAGAGGUUCUUGUUUGGAGACAACUUAAGCACCCAAAUAUCCUCCCUUUCAUAGGAGCAAGCACAGAAUUGUUUUCUCCCCGAUUCUGCUUCAUUUCUCUCUGGAUGGACAGGGGCGACAUCAUGUCGUACUUAAAACAAAACCCCCACCACGAUCGAUUUGCUGCGGUCUGUCAAAUUGUUGAUGGAGUAGAAUAUCUGCACACCCUUGAUCCUCCCGUCACACACAAGGACAUCAAAGGAGCCAACGUGCUCGUAACUGACGAAGGUAUCUGCUGUCUGGCGGACUUUGGCCUCUCCUCUAUCUUUGAUUCGCAACGAGUGGAUAAGACCGAGCCUGGACUUCAGGGAUCGAUAUGUUGGCUCGCGCCUGAGCUCAUGCAGCCAGGCCGCCCAUCAGCUCACAGUGCGAAAGCCGGCGAUAUAUACGCACUGGCUUGCACUAUCUAUGAGAUCUACACCGGGAAACCUCCUCUCUCGGACCUUCCCAACAGUAUUGCUGUCAUGCGCAAAGUUUUAAUGGAAAAACAGAGGGCUCCAUUGCCGCCGGAGGGGACGGCGUGGACUUAUGAAGAGCAGUAA